AUGGAGAGGGAGUAUUACUACUACGACGACGAUUACGGUGACGAGGAGGGCGAGGCGUGGGAGGCGGCGUUAGAGAACGCCUACGCCAGCGCGAAGUCCAUGAUGGACACGAAGCCCGAGGAGUGCGCCGCCGGGAUGCGCGGUGUCGAGCGAGACGAUCCCGUUGGAGGCAAGUGGACGUUCAAGGCCAUAAAGAUGCUUGCGCGUGUGGGCCGCCGCACCAAGGCCUACGAGGACAUGCUGCGUUACUACACCAGGAUGGCUAACUUUAGCCACCCGGAUGUGAGCAAAGGGGCGGUGCAGAAGGCCAUGACAAAGUUUAUUGAGGAAGCCCAGCAGGUUCCCGUGGACUACUUGAGACGUGCGCUGCUCACCACCAUUGAAGUCACAGCGCGGGACAGAAACGUAUUUGGCAAGCUCUGGUUUAAUGCGAAGCUCAAGCACGCUACGCUGUCGCUAGAGGCGAAUGCUCCGGAUGCUGUCCUGGAGGAAAUGGAGCCUGUCCUGGCGUGGUGCAAAGAGGAAGAUCAGUUCUCCCUCAAGAAGAGCGCACAGCUUUUCCUCUCUUAUGCAUUGCUGCUAGAGGCGUACACCAAGAAGCGGGAUUACAGUCAAAUGCGCGACACAUUUUUGCUGGCAACUUCUAUUGUUAACACUAUUCCCCCGUCUCGUGUGGCUGGCGGUGUGCUGGAGUGCGGUGGAAAGAUGUAUAUGCAUCUUCGCGACUGGCCCGCCGCUUUUCGCGCCUUCUCGGUGGCGUUCCGGAACUACAACGAAAUCGGUGAUCCGCGACGGAUUGGAUGCCUUAAGUGCCUCGUGCUGACAUGCAUGCUGGGCGGCUCCAGUAUCGACCCCUUCGCUACACAUGAAACGAAGGUCUACGAGUCUGCAGCGGAAAUGGAGCCUGUCGCAAAACUCAUGAAGACAUUUACUGGGAAUGACGUGCGGGGCUUCCUGGACGUUGUGGCCAUGCACCAGGAGAUGCUCGAUGCGGAUCCAACGGUGCACGACUGCCUAGACCUUGUACUGGAGCAACUCCGCCUGCGGGCCCUCGUCGCGUACACGGUGCCCUAUCAGCGAAUCUAUCUGAAACGACUGGAGGAUGUGCUGCUCGUUAACGGCAAUGAGGUGGAGCGGCUGUGCGUGAGGGCGGUGACGGAAGGCGCUCUGCAUGCCUUCAUCGACGACGGUGAGGGUAUCCUUAUUAUGCAGAAUGAGCAAGCAGUAGUACCAGAGGCGGAGAGGCUGCAGGCACUGAAUCGUUGCUCCACGGCUCUCCUUGACUCAAACGAAGCAACCAGGAGAGAAGUGGAGCACCUUCCUUAG